GCCAGUACGAGCGAUACCUCAAGUAUUCUGGCGCAACUCGGAAUUAUACAUACUGUGAACGGAUGCUGCAGGCUCGUCUGCCGUUUCUUAUCAGCAUGCCACUGUGCUGAGGUAGGUAAGCUUCGGGGGGUUCUAAUCGAUCGGCAUAUUCCUGGAUGCUUCCGGGUCUAGGUCUGAAAUUUUUUUGUUCUGUCCUCCCUGAGCCCUCCACUGGCGCGGGAGUCGGAGAUGGUACUGCCGGAGGGGCGCCUGGAGGGCUUUGGCAUCAGCCACUGCCACUCGUGAUCUCCUGAAAACCCCCUCCGAAGCAAUUCACUCCCCUCAUUUUCUUUAUUUCCAUGCACGUUCCCUUCAUUUCACGUAGGGCCCGGCGUGGAGCAGUUGCAGUCGGUGGCGAAGGUGGUAUCGGUGCUGGUGCUGGUGCUGGUGAGGGUGCGGGUGCGGGCGGUUUGAAGGGCCCGGGAGAAAGCGAAAGUUCUGGCAGUGGUGGUACUUCGACUGGCAAACUAAGUUCGGUUCCUCUUUCGUCUUCGUCGAGUUCGUCCGGAAGUCUCGGGAAGAGUAGUGCGACUGCUUAUGGAUAUGGCGGUGGAGAGUCCAUCGUGAUCCCCCCCGAUGAGUUGUUCGCCAGGCGGAGUGCUGGUGGGGGAACGAGGGACCAGAUAUUCGGCAGCAGAACCUAUGGAAGCGGAUAUCCGGGCAUCACAGGACGCGGUGUUUCAGGUCGUGGUUUCCCGUUCUGGUACUGGCCAGUCGUGUGGAUUGACACUGCAGCAGAGAGUCAACCUUAUCUCAAUGGUUCAGAGUACGGGGACGCCUAUAAUACAAGUCGUUUCGGCGGUCCCCUCGUGGAAGCCACGUUUAUAUCCAACACUUCCAGCCCAAAUACCGUAUUUCAUGUCUUAUCUGACAACAGCACCAUUGUUAGCGUCGUACUAACGCUGGAUGGGUACAACAAUUCAGUAACGCUCAGUAACAAUACCAAUAUGACGGAUUCACCCCUUCCGCCGAACAUCGAUACGAAUUUAACAGUUUGCUUGAAUCAGACGAUCGGAUUGGCAGUUCCACUUGUUGACGGUGCUCUCCCAUCGUCAUUCGCGGCGCGUCUAUUGGCUAGUACGGUGUUGCUGGGCACAGCAACACAAUUAUUGUUGUCACUCGCUUGACGACAUCUCUACUGUACUUGUGCGUUGGGAGUGUAGCAUUAUUCUAUUCCGUCUUGUUUCCUGCGUCCUUGUUGUUGUAGCCGCCUAGGUCUGUAUUUUUGGAGGUUCACUAUUCAAAAUUCAAUAUCAAUGUUCAUUAUUGACAGAAAUAAGAAUAUAGGGCUGUG